AUGAAUAUACAUUUAUCAGACAAAGUAAAUACUGGGAUAUGUUCAUACACUACUACUACUACUACUACUACUACUACUACUACUACUACUACUACUACUACUACUACUACCACUAUUACUACUACUACUACUACUACUACCACUACCACUAUUACUACUACUACUACUACUACUACUACUACUACUACUACUACUACUACUACUACCACUAUUACUACUACUACUACUACUACUACUACUACUACUACUACUACUACCACUAUUACUACUACUACUACUACUACUACUACUACUACCACUAUUACUACUACUACUACUACUACUACUACUACUACUACUACUACUACUACUACUACUACUACUACUACUACUACUACUAUGUAUCUUGGAUCCACACAUACGACAUUUAUACAAGCACAUACAUAG